CAUGGACCUCACGCUUCUAUGCGUGCUUCUGUCUCUGCUCACUGGGGCCUGGGGCCAGUACGGCGACUACGGUUACCCGUACCAGCAGUACCACGACUAUGGCGACGAUGGGUGGGUGAAUCUGAACCGGCAGGGCUUCAACUUCCAGUGUCCCCAAGGGCAGGUGGUGGUGGCUGUGCGGAGCAUCUUCAGCAAGAAGGAAGGUUCUGACAGACAAUGGAAUUAUGCCUGCGCGCCGACACCCCAAAGCCUCGGGGAGCCCUCGGAGUGCUGGUGGGAGGAGAUCAACAGGGCUGGCACGGAAUGGUACCAAACGUGUUCCAACAAUGGACUGGUGGCCGGGUUCCAGAGCCGAUACUUCGAGUCAGUGCUGGAUCGGGAGUGGCAAUUUUAUUGUUGUCGUUACAGCAAGAGAUGCCCGUAUUCCUGCUGGCUGACAACAGAGUAUCCAGGCCACUAUGGUGAAGAGGUAGACAUGGUUUCCUACAGUUAUGACUACUAUAUCCGGGGAGCAACAACCACGUUCUCUGCUGUGGAAAGGGAUCGUCAGUGGAAGUUCAUAAUGUGCCGGAUGACAGACUAUGACUGUGAAUUUGCAAACGUUUAGAUUUGCACAUAGCAAACCCACGUGAAGAGAAAGGGGCAAGGGGCCCCAGGCUGCCCACGUGUGUUAACUAUCGUUGGAACUCCAAUAGCUGUUUCUACUGCUCUCGUUUUUUCUCCCUGAGCUGGUAGCUGCUCCACUAGCUUUCGGGGUCUUUCUGACUAGUAUCCUACUUAUAAUGAAAUCCACAAUUAAACCGUAUUUCACACUUUCAGCACAUUCCAUAGCAACUGACAAUGGCCUCCUUGCGCAUCACAGAUGCACCGUGCAUGCUCUCAGCUUGGAGAAGCGCCUGCUCCGGCAGCACUUGUCACAGCCUUGCUACCGCUUUGGCUGCAAAAUGAGCUGCAAAAGGGCCUGGUGCUGAGAAGCACUUUUGGAAAGAGUCGGCGUGGUAAGGGCAACGGGGCCAGACUCUGGGCUGGGAGUGCGCUCAAACUUGUCUUCAGCUGUAUCUGUUCAGUGAAAUCCAGGGUCUUCCGCAAGGGCAGCCCCCCUGCCUGGAGGAGAGGUGCUUCCACUCUCCCCCGCCACAUGAGGUGUGUACAUGCUUAGAAGUUCAAGUGCAAAAUGCUAAGCACCAGCAAUGAGGGCAAUGGAAGGUGAAAUGUGGAGGUGAAAAGGUUUGGAAGCAGAGCUGAUAAGCUAGGACCAGAAGAAUUCCCUCAGGCAGGAAAAGCGUCUCAGCAUACUCAGUCAUGAAAAUGUGUGCACAAGCUGGAAGAACCUGUCAGCGGCAGUCUCAAGUCAGACAGAAAGAAGAAAGGCGAGGACAGACAAGGAAGUUCAGACUGGGAGCGCGACAUCGUGAGCGGCCAGGUUGUUUGGGGAAGUAAAAAAGGCGGUGUGAGUCUUUGCCACUUGGAGAAUAGCCCAGGAUGCCUCGGAAGGCCUGCAUUUGCCACACGGAGCUCCUAGAAAAGUUAGCCUGGAUUGAUCCAGACUGGCUGGGUGGGAAAGGCUGGGCUGGGGCUCCAGUUCCCUGCUCUGUACAGCUCAGGGUUGUUUGGGGUGGGGUGGGAGGAGUACAGUCCGGUGACAUCACUGGAAGAGUGGGAAGCACACGAGGUGACACUGUCAGAGGGGGUGGCUUCAAAAUAACUGGAAGAUUGUUUUUCAGCAAAACUUGAUAUUUUAAGAUAAAAAUAUCCCUGUACUUAAUGCAAACAACAAAACCAUUUCUUAAGCUCAGCUUACAUGUAUCAGUCCAUCUACAAGAUUAAAAUUCUAUGUCAAUUUACUUUUGAAUCUUCCCUUGCACUUUCUCAGAACCAUCAUGAUUACCCAGGUAAAAUGAUGCUUAAAAUCACAUGGUUUUGCCCUGCAUGUGCUUUGAGCACACACUACGGUUUUACUGUUUGGGGGUGUGUUUUUGUUGGGUUGGUCUUGUUUGUUUAUUUUUGCUGCCAACAGUUUUUAUGUUCUCUGGCAUUGUCAAAUUUUCUCCUGCUUUAGCUAUAGCAUUGCAGUAACAAGUAGUUGUGCACUUAUACCAAUAACUUUUUUAGAAUGACUGAAGUAGUACUUAAAGGACAGAAAGAAGAAAGCUUUAUAAAUGGCUUCUGCUCAGUCAGUCACUGAAAUGUUGUGAUUCCACGUAGCCCGAUUCUACAAAAUAAUUUUGUUGUUAGUACAGGCAGUUCUUGGGUUAGGAGCAUCUCCCUUAUGGACAACUCCUACUCCCCUUCCAUGUUUUCUCAAUCUGGCCUCCUGUUGAAAGGGUUGGUCCCACCCCCCUCACAACAAAUUCAUCGCCAUCACUUUCACUUGCCACACAUACAGCUUGUAAAUCAUUGACAAAGGCUUUAAACCCUUUCUUGCAUUAAAGGAAGGCUAAAUAAAAGCCAUAGGCACCUGGUGCAAAUUGCUUACAAAUCGGUAAAGAUGAAGUUCGGGAUGAACCUUGUUCCUAACUCUGGCACUGCCUGUAGUCGCACCAACUGAAACAAAACCAAAAACUAACAUGUAAGCGACUUACAAUGAUAUUUGUCACAUAGUAUUCUCUGGUGAGAAUUGAUAAUAAACAUCACUAAAGAUUCAGUGUGGUCUAUUGCAGCCUGAGACCCUUGGUGGGGAGCAGGGGGCGGGCGGACGACAAUGCCGGCUGACAGGGACCACGGUGACCCCACUGACAUCACCUGUCUUCUUCUUGAGAUCUGUCUCUUGCCAACCCUUUAUAUGCUCUUCAUUAUAAAAGGAAUAAAAAAUAUGACAUUCACUGUU